GUCAGAUGAUUCUGUUCAAAUUUUUUUCCCAACCGCACUUUAACACCCUAACCACUCCAGUCCUCUCUGUCACAGGCUCACUGCCUCCACCGCCUCUUUCCAAACGCAUGCAAGCUCUUCAUGCGUCUUUCCGUACACAUCAAAUACUCCCAGAUUUGAAGAAGUUUGCGGCGGCAAAGAAGACACACGGCGGAGUUCGGUGACGAAGCCGGUAAAUCCAUUCCUCUCUGGCAAGAUCACAGACAUUCUCCUAACUUCCUUCCUUUACACAGACUCACAUCGUCUUUCUACCGAACGCCAUUCUGCCGCCGGUGAAUCCCUUGAAGACGACGACGACCUUGAAGCUCCCCACACCGCUCAGCCCUCUUCUUCUUCUUCUUGAAGCUCCUCGCAAUUCGUUUCCUCCAAGGAAAGAAUUUUCCGGUAUCUCUCAAAACAAUAGAGAUCCUUCUCAAAGUAGAGCCCUUUGGAGUUUGGAAUCACCUCUAGCCAAUAAAACCUACGGGCAACUAACCCUACCCACCAUAACUAGUUGCCGGGUAAUCCAGGGCAUUCACUCCUAAUGCAAGGUGAAGUGAGGAUGGCUACUGGCAGCCUAAAGAAUAUUCUGGCUACGGCAGUCACUAGAGGAGUGACCGAAGCAAGGGCAAGGAUAUUUGGGCACAUACUUAACCCAACAGGCCAGAGAUCACCCCACAAGCUGUUACGCAAGAAGCUCAUUGGUGAAAAGGUUGCCGAAUGGUACCCACAUGACAUCAUGAAAGAUGAUCCUCUAAUCAUGGCUCGUCGAGAACAAGAGCGCUUAUCCAAGCUUGAAAUGUUGAAGCGUCGUGGAAAGGGACCACCCAAGAAGGGCCAAGGAAAGCAAGCUGCCAAACGUAAAAAGAAUUGAUGUCUUCUUGUGUUCUUGGAAUUAGAUUAUCUUUUGAACAAAAAGGCUGUUAGCCUGUGGAAUUCUUGUGACAACUUUCCAGGAUAUUUUCCUGACUUAUUUUUGCCUAAAAGAAGGUUUGAGGAAUCAAUGCAUUUGCUUUUGAGUUA